AUGCAUCCAAAUUAUGAUAACUCAAGCCUAAACAACAUGCAACAACAAGACUACUUCCACUUAAACCACUAUUACAACAGCUUAAACCCUUUAACCAAUAACAAUCUCAAUCUACUCUCAUACCCUCAAAUUCAAGAACUCAAUAAUCUACAAUCUCCAGCAAGCCACAACUCCACCACGUCCGAUGAUGCAACUGAAGAUGUAUUUGUUAUCAACGAGAGAAAGCAAAGACGUAUGGUAUCUAACAGAGAAUCAGCAAGAAGGUCAAGAAUGAGAAAGCAAAGACACUUAGAUGAGCUUCUAUCCCAAGUUGCUUGGCUUCGAAGCGAGAACCACCAGAUUUUAGAAAAGCUUAACAAAGCCUCGGAUAGCAAUGAUCUUGUUCUUCAAGAGAACUUGAUUCUUAAAGAGGAAAACAUGGAACUUCGUCAAGCUAUCACAUCUAUGAAGAAGCUUGGAGGAGGAGAAGGAGGAAGCACAAGUUUCCAUGGCAGAUAUUGUUCUUCUUCUUUGGAUCAUGACUUGGAUCAAGACUUCUCUUGUACUACAAAUGAUCCAAGAACUCAUCAUCCAUCUUGAGUUGUUUGUGUUCGAACUUUAAGUUUCAGCCCAUAUAUUUCUAGCUAGGCUGAGCAUAAACCGGAUGUCUUAUGUAUGUAUUUCACUGAGCUAGCACCGUUGAGAGAUUUAUUUUUAACGGUUUAACUACGCAAUAAAGUUUGUGUAAUCUUU